GCGACGGCGGCCACGCCAUCAGUCGCGGCUUUCGUAACUCCUGCGAGUGCAUCUGCUGCCGAGUUGAUGCCGCCGCCGCCGGUGCCGCCAUCCGCACAACCGAGCGCGCCAGAAACCACGAGUGGGCGGGCCAUAGCCCCCACCACGCCAGCACCGGAGCUCACAACACUCCGCACCCAUAUUCAGACGCUGACGGAGCUAAACAAUCGUCUGCAGGCCAUCCGUAACAUCCCAGCACAGCUGCUGCGACCCCCUGGAUCGGACCCGUCCUCGACGCUGCUUACGCAUGGCUUCAAGGAAAUUGCCGCGAUCGCAGACACGGUGCGGACAGAAAAAGUUCAGGAUGCGUUGAAGGCGGCGCGGAAGAGCGAACAGGCCGAUUCAAGUGGCCUUACUUCCAGUCUUCGUCGAGAGACCCUCAAGCGAAGGCGACCACCUUCACCUGACUCGCCACAGCCAUACCGUGAAACGGAAUUGAAGGAGGCCGUUUUCCUCCCACUGGUCGAGUCUGGCACAUCUCGAAUACUUUUGGACGCGUUACCAGCCUACAUCCGGAACCACAACAAGUCUAGCAAAAACAAGCUGCAUCUCGUUGCACCGAGGAAGGGCAGGGAACUAGCCUGCCCUCUAACGCUUCGCUUUACCUGCCCAAACGUUGUGACAGUCUACCUAACACUGGACUACUCAACCGACAACGAUCAGAUCUUAGUCGUGGAGAACGCUACGGCGAUCGGUUCUCGAGAACAGAAACAGCCCCAUUCACAAUCUGACUUCAUGGCGUUCCAACAGCUUUCGCAACAGCUCGCGAAAGUCAUCCGGUCUGACCCAUCCGCACCGUUACAAGCUUACGUGGCACUUUUGAGCUCUUACGAGCGGUUGUUCGUCGAUAUAUGCUCAAAUUGUCAACGGGUAAUCUCCGCAGAAGGGCAUGUUCCCCCUGUGGUGAGGAAGCGGCUACUUUCUUCUUCUGCCGACCCCAAGGCACCUCAGUGGGACGUUCGACACGUCCUUUGCAAGUACGAGCCGCCAGCGCCACAGGCGAACCCAGGCGAUCAUGGCGUCGAGAACGAGGGCGAGGGCGGCGGCAAGAACGGCGAAGCCGGCAGUAAUGCGUAGCCUGUACUCAUACUUGUUGACAUCGACAUGCCUUUCAC